AAUCGCACGAUGCAAGCUCUGAUCUGUUAUAUUCAAUCAUCAUCUUCAUAUCCCCCAUUUCGCAACCUCGACUAUUUCCAAACCGGCGCUCCGAGACUAACCCGGAACGCAUCCUCAACGUAUGGCAAGCCGCCGCGCUAGCUCCUGGGUCUAAAAUGGACCGACUUGCCUACUCCGCGGCCAUCGCAAACCUCCGCCACUCCAAUCACUUUGGGGCAAUCCGUGAGCUCCUUGAAGAAUAUAAGUCCCGACCCGAUUUGAGAUCCGAAAAGUACAUUUCCCACUUUAUCCUUCUCUAUGGGCAGGGCGGACCCAGGAAAGUAUCUUGGGUAAAAUAUUUUUUGGGGUUCAAAAUAUUUUUUGGGAGGGAGAAAAUUAUUUUUCAUAUAUAUACACUAAAAAAAAUUCUUGUUAAUGGGCGAGCCGGCAUGCUCGAUGACGCCAUGAAGACCUUUGAGAAAAUGGAGGACAUGGGGAUCAAACGAUCUGCGAAAUCACUCAACUCUCUCCUGUUUGCAUGCCUUCAAACUAGGAAUUUCGAAGAAAUGAAGAGAGUUUUUGUUGAAUUCCCUAAAAAAUACAGGAUUGCCCCCAACCUAGAUACUUAUGAUACAAUGAUAAAGGUGUUUAGCGAGUCGGGUUGUACCAGACUACCAGCUCCGUUUAUCCAAUAUUGAAUGAGAUGAUUGAGAAUAAAGUCUGGCCAAAAGACACAACUUUUCGACACUGUCUUGUAGGUUUUCUCAAGGAGGAGAAGGUUGAAGAUAUUGGGAAAGUUUUGGAUAUGAUGAGAUGACGUUCUGCUUCACCGGGCAUUGUUGGUUUAAAUAGCUCAAUGUUUGAAUUUUUUUGUAAGCUCAAGAUGUCAAAGGAGGCAAUGGCAUUGCUUGAUAAGAUUUUGUCCACGGAUUUGAAGCCGAAUGCUUAUGCCCAUUUGAUCCAUCCAUGUGUUAUGUAAGGAAGGUGAUAUGGAAGGGGCGAAGAGUGUUUGAAAAGAUAAUUAACAGUUAUAUCAAUUCAAAGAAUUGGCUCCUUUUCUUUAUAUCCGAUGGUGGAGAGAUGAGAAGUGCACAGCUAAAAUUACUAAUGAGUGUAUGGAAAAGGUCUGGGUUCCUAAUUUCUUGACUAUGAAAAUGCUCGUGGAUGGGCUUGCAAGUAUUUCAAAGGUUAGGGAGGAACAAUGAAGAAGAGGUUUCCUAGAAAUGCCUACAAGUGGACUGAGAUUGGAGGACUACCUAAGAAGGACUAUGAUGAGAUUUUGCCAUGGGAAUUGAAGCCGAAUUCUUUUUCUUAUGCGGAUGUAUUUGCGGCAUUGAGGUAACGACGAUGCUGAUGCUGAUUUAAUCCAUCGGUUUUGUAAGGAACAUGAUAUGGAAGAGGCGAAGAGUAUGUUUGAAAAGAUGUUUAACAGUUAUAACAAGGAAACCAUUUCAUAGUUGAAGCAGUAGUUUCCUAGAAAUGCUGACAAGUGGACUGAGAUAGAACGGGUUGUAAACGAAUCAAAUAAUUCGAAAAAUUCAAAUACAAAUACAAAUAAG